GAAUGUGACAACAACAACAAUGCUACCCUAUUCCUUCGCGCCUACAGCGUAAACGCAACAGACCACUUCUAUACCACCAACCACACUGAGAUGGAGGCUGCAGUUACCUUCUUCGGCUAUACAUCCCAGGGUAACGCUGGCUGGGUUUUCACGACCCAGGUGGGGGCGACGAUUCCGCUAUAUCGCCUGUAUAACGGGGCGAUCACCGACCACUUCUACACAACCAACGAGACGGAGAGGGACACCGCCGUUUCCCAAGAUGGAUAUGUCUUCCAGAGCAUCGCUGCCUAUGUAUAUGCCACGCAGGUCUGCAACAGCAUACCCCUGUACCGCCUCGACAAUCCGGUGGUCGCGGACCACUUCUAUACCAUUAAUACGACCGAGAUGAAUGUUGCGGCAACCACGGAAGGAUAUGUGGAGGAAGGAAUCCAGUGCUUUGUGUUGCCAAACGCAUUGGCCGAGUCCACACAAACAUCUCCGCAAACACCCGCGCAGACACCUACACCCACGCCGACUCCGACUCCUGUUUCUGCGCCAAAAUCAACGGGGCAUGUAGCGGCCAUCGUCGCUCCGGUUGUUGCAGUUGUAUUAGUAUCGCUGGUCAUUGUCAUCUACGUCUGGUUCCAACGACGCAAACGGGCAUUAUGCGCCAAGUUGGAGGCUCGUGGAGAAGAUGGCGAAGUGCCGUCGGCGUCGCUACUGCCUACGAACAAUCCAGUCGAUGCGGAACCUCAAGUGGGGAUACCGGUGGUAGACUCAGAAGUACCCGGGGAGGACGCUCUGGAUCUGGACGUCGAACCGAAGCCAGAAGGCGAGAGACACCUAUCGUUUGCAAAUAUUUCGUAUGCUCAUUCGCCUCCGCAGCGCUUUCAGCAGAGACUGAAUUGUUGCAACCAAUGCCAGAGGGUGAUGAUGAUACACAUCAGGAUCACAGCGUGUUAG